AUGGGUAACGAUGGAGGAAGCAUCCCCACUCGCCGCGAACUCGUCCGCGAAGCCGCCAAAUCCCCCAGCACCGCGCAAGUCAAAGAAGCCCAGCGCGAAGUCCAAUCUCACUUCUGGACAACCUGCCCCCUCUCGCACUCGCCCCUAGUGCGCCCCAUCGUCUCCGACUGCACAGGAAACCUAUACAAUAAAGAUGCCGUCCUCAAAUUCUUGCUUCCUGGCGAUGACACCGAGGGAAUCAGCUCGAAGGCGGACUGCGAGGAGAUUCUGUGCGGACGUGUUAAGAGCCUACGGGAUGUGGUGGAGUUAAAGUUUGAGGUUGAUACGGAGCGUGGGGAGGAGCAUCGUCGGGAGACUGGGACUGGGAAGGGGGAGAAGAGGGAGGGGUGGAUUUGUCCGAUUACGGCGAAGGUGCUGGGGCCUGGUGUCAAGUCGGUUUAUCUGGUGCCUUGUGGGCAUGUGUUUUCGGAGGAGGCGGUUAGGCAGCUUAAGGGGGAUAAGUGUUUGCAGUGCAACGAAUCCUACACCGAAGACAAUAUAAUCUCCAUCCUCCCAUCCCAAGAAACCGAUAAACAACGUCUCAUCGCCCGCGGCCAGAGACUCGCCGAGCAAGGCCUCACGCAUUCCCUCAAGAAAGCCCCAGGCUCGAAGAAGCGCAAGAAGAACGCCAACGGCGACUCUACAAACGAGCCCGAAGCUGCUGGAGCUGGGAAGACAACUAACAGUCGCAGUGGCACAUCGACUCCGACGACGAAUACUGGUAUUAAGAAUGCCGCGACGGCAUCGCUAACUGCGAAGGUCUUGGAAGAGGAAAAUGAGCGCAAGAAGAGGAAGAAGUUGAUGGGAGGUAAUGAGAACUUGAAUAGCCUUUUCACCAAGGAGCCCAAGGAUGGGAAGAAGGGUGGCAGUGACUUCAUGACCAGGGGGUUUACUAUUCCUGCUGAGGCAAAGAGAUGA